AAUCAAUUAAUUAUAAACUCCACAUCUCAAAUAUCAUCAUCACAUUAAUCACAAAUCACAAAUACUAACAAACAAUGGCGCCAAAGGUUUAUCCUAAUCAAGAAUCCACAACAUCCUCUCAGUCUCAGUCUCACAAUCAGUACUGUCUUAGCUCCAAAAGAGAAACAUAUACUUUAUGGAUGAAAUCACUUGUUCUCCACUCCAAUGGUUGCACUGUCUAUGAUUCAAAUGGUCACAUAGUUUACAGAGUUGAUAACUAUGACCGAAAAGGUAAAAGAGAAGUUAAUCUGAUGGAUCAACAAGGCAAUCUUCUCUGCACCAUCAAAAAGAGAUUGCUAGCUCUUGGUUGCUGGGAAGGCCACAAAUAUUGCAGCAAGUCUAAUACUAGAAGCCAGGAGCAACAACCAUGGUUUGAAGUUAAAAAAUGUCUCACUCUCACAGGUAAAAUAGCUUGCGAGAUUAAAGCCGGUUCCAAAAAUUUGUGCAUAGAAAGAAUCAGUAUUGGCAAAUCAAUUGCUUUUCGUAUAGUAAACAAAUUAGACGGACAAAUCAUAGCAGAGGGGAAACAAAAACAAUCAUCUUCGGGAGUUGUUUUGAGUAAUGAUGUUCUAACUUUGGAUUUGGCCGCGGGAACGGAUCAUUCCCUUAUAAUGGCUUUGAUUACCGUUUACGGAUUGAUAUGCGGAAAAAUGUAAAUCAAUUCAUUCUGCUACUGUCUUCUAAAUUUCUAAAAGUUUUGUAAUUAGUGUUUGGUUCAGUUUGUAUAAGAAGCUUGUUAGCUUCUUUUUUAUUGAACCAUUAUCAGGAUCCAUAAUUAGGGAGGUAUGUGUUAUGUACAUGUACACAUUAUAUAUUGUUUACAGAGAAGAAAUGAUAGCUUUUAUUGUAUA